AUGGCUGCCAACGACACAGCAAACGCUGCAAAGAGCGCAGUACCGCCUCCAUCAGCAGCAGCAUCAUCAUCCCAUGCUUCUCCUGCUUCUCCUGCAUCUGUAGCAGCUACGGCUGUACCGUCGGCGUCUCUUGAAGGUCCCGAAGAGCUCCGCAAUAGCGUUGCCAGGACUGUGGACACCGCACAGGCCUCUGACCGAGCCCCAGUACCGCUCAAGCCUCAUCCGAAGCCGAGAAUGCGCGCACCGCCUCGACGACUGCGCAGUGGCAGUGGAAGCGGCAGCAACACGAGCUCCAGUGGCGUACAGCGCGAGUCUUGCGACCCACGUCCGGUACCUAGUACCAACAUGGGAAUUGUCGUGGGGACGAUGCGACGCAGAAACCUCUUGGGUCCGCGGACGAGCUCCGUGUCGGAUGAUGAACAUGAAGACGUGAUGGCUGCGCCGCCUCGACGCACGCCGGCGUUGGCUCCUCGACGGAACAAGCGACAGCCGAGUUUACGCAACAUGGCGUCGCUCGUGCGCUCUCAUCUCCGCAGCUCCAAUAGUCCUGCUGGCAGCUGCAAUGGAAGUGCAAGUGACAAGGCCGAUGAUGCAGACGUUGACGGUGGAGACGCUAUUAAGGACGCAGACGGCGACACUGAUAAGGACGAUGAUGGCGACGCUGUUGUUGAUUCUGAUGCCGCUGAAGAUGCUGCUGCAGCCAAGAGAUCAGCGCUGCACCGACAAAAUUCGUCGUUUGCAGGCGUGGCAAAGAAAGUGGUGACAACCAGACGCGCGGCGAGGGGAUUCUUGUCUUUGUGGACGAAAGAUUCUGCCGACACAGUGCAUGUGUAUCGCGGUAUCCACAUGGAGAAGAAGAAGCUCGAUCUAUUGAGUGUGGCGUCCGAGUACAAGGAGAUUAAGCGUCGACAGUUUUACCAGGAGCUCGUGGUGUACUUUGUGUUCCUCACACUGCUCUUCUCGCUGUUGUCGUGGCUGCCAGUGCGAGACAGUUUUCAUCAGAACGACGUGGUGGGGUCUCUUACUUGUAGAGAAGAAGGCGAGUGCGAUAUCAAGACGUUUGCUGAUAUCUACGACUUUGCUGGCAAACUAAGGAACAUUGUGUGUGACCGUAAGGGGGUUACGGCACAAUGGGUUCGUGUUGGUGGCGUCGGUUUCCGACAGGUGCGUGUCAAGGAGCAGCGCUGUCGAGUGUACGACCGAUGGGAAGCGCCUUGCUACCCGUUUUACAGCCCUGAAGUAGAGCAAAAAGAUCGUUUGGUUGGAGAAAACGGCUCAGGACGUGCUUACGAGUGGAGAGAUGGUCUGGGCGAAUUAUCUCCCGAGGUUUACCAAUCGUCUAUAGACUGGCUGUUCUUCGCACCUGCUGAGUCGUACGGCUCAGGUGGUUACGCAGUAGAUCUGUGCGAUUUGGAGAACGUGAAUGAGCUUCAGCGUGACAGCUUCUUGUCCGAACAUACACGUGCGGCGGCGUUCACGUUUGUUUUACUGAACCCGCUGACUCGUGUGUUCACUAUCGGAAUGCACGUGAUCAAAGUCGACCCGUCCGGCCAUAUUGACCACUUUGUGCACAGUUCUCAUGUUCGAGUUAUUGGCCAUGAGAAGCCGAAGCAGUUGACAAAUGUUGACGACGGCGACAACGGUAACCACGCAUCAUCGCAGCCCCGUCUUCAUCACAGAAUGUUGAACACCAUGGAUCGUUUCAUGGCUUUGCUACAAGAAGCGGUUGAUGCACGCGUUGUGCUGUGGAUUGCACUGGUUCUGUUCUUCAUCACGUACUGCAUCGGUGAAGCAACCGAAAUGAGCUCAAUGGGCGUGGCUACAUACCUCGGAUCGGACAUGUGGAAUCUGUUCGAACUUACUCACUUGGCGGUACUUGCCGCAAUGUUGAGCUAUACGGUGCAUUACCGCAUAGCAUCCAGUACCUUCGCAGUGUACUUAGCAGACCUGCAGGAAGGCCGUGGCGUCGAAGAGCUUAGCCACUCGAGUUCGUUGGAACUCUUGACUGGAUUCCAGCAGCUAUCAGAUCUUGCGUCGCUGGGAUCUGCUAUCAGCUUACUCAAGGUGUUUAAGUUUCUACGCAUGAAUGCUACGCUGAACUUGCUCUGGCGUGUACUGGGCAUGGCUAUGAGCGACCUCAUGGGCUUUCUGGUCAUCUUCAAUCUGAUCUUUUUGGGAUAUUCAGCCAUGGGCAGCUACGCUUUCGGCUUUGCUCUUGAAGAGUACUCGACGAUCAGUAAGUCAUAUGGUACCUGCUUCCAAAUGCUGGCUGGCGAGAUGGACUACGGGCGGCUGCGUCAAGCGAAUCCUCGUAUUGCACCGAUAUUCAUCGGCACUUUUGUGGUCUUGGUGUUUCAGAUCCUUGUCAACAUGUUUGUUGCAAUUCUGUCUGAAUACUACGAAGUCGCGAAGAACGAUGAGACCGGCAGUCGUGAUGAUGUUGAGUACGAUGUGCUCGCGCGUAUUCGCAGUUUUGUAAGUGCGUGCUCCCCGACAGUCGUUGUGCCCAAGGAUCAUGGCGUCAUUCGUCUCAUUCCGUGGCAGCAAGUACGACUUAUCUCGACAAACCUGGUUGACCAAGAAGAGACACGCCAGCGUGUAAGAAAGUUAUUCCGUGGUGCUGUUUGGCGUGUCGUCGCCUUGUUGCGCUUUGGAAUGAAGCUUGAUCGCCGCAUUAAUUUUGGCGAUCGCAAGGCACACGAUGGACUUAGUACGCACAAUAGCAAUGGCAACGGAUCUGGAAAUGACAAGGAUGAUCGAGAGCUGGUGUCGCACAUACGGCUGUCUGAAAAUUUCGACCACAAGACAAUUAAGGGUAUGAUACCUAUUGGUAUCACCAUUCGACUCCAGACAGAUUCUAUCCUAGGCGAAGGCCUCGCCCUUAAAGUUGUUCACCAUAGCAAGCUAUCAGUGGAGUGCAUCGUUCUGGGACCCAAUGAAGCGGAGGGCGGUAGUGUCGGAAUGAGCUGGACCGAGAAGAUGAAUGGUGCGCCAAAAGCGUUUUCGCUUCCUUGCUCUAUGUCUUCGUCGGGUUCGUUUGAGUACGAUUCUGACGAUAGCGUAUCACGAGUACGUGUUCUGGAGCUGAUGGGUGGUGAGAAGUUGCGAAUUCCGAGAAGGAGGCUUGCGGUGCACUUGUGUCGCACCUUGUUGCAGGAGCUCAAAAUGGGUCUCUUGCGUGCAACGAAAUUGUGGAAAUACUCCAAAGAUCACAUGGUGGACGAUUAUCACCUCGGUCUGCUAUUCGAUCGAGUCCGCGAGGACGGCCGCACAAGCCUUCGUUUCGAUGAGAUCUCUCGCAUGCUGGACCUGUUCUUGCGUAAGGACAAGCGCAAGGCGAUGUGCUCGCAAGCGGACGUACAGCGCGAAGCCCUUCAUGUGAUGUAUCGUUUCCGCAAGUGUCUGAUCGACAUGCCGUCUCGCGAAAAGGAGGGUCACAACUACCAUCCGAAGCCUGUUGACACGUCAAAGGUGGAGCUGGGUCCGCUUGAGCAUCUUGGUGACGUCCUCGCCCGCAAUUGCCACGACAUGUGGGCACUGGAACGUCUCAAGCAAGGUUGGCAGUACGGUAUUGAGCGCGAUGACGAGGGCAAGAAGCACCCGAACCUCGUUCCGUACAAGUUGCUGUCCGUGGAAGAGCAAGCUUUCGACUACCGAUCGUCCAUUGAAACGAUCAAGACGAUUGUCCUGAUGAACUACACUAUUGCGCGCUCGAGCCACCAGCGCUCUCUCAGCGGCUCCUUCCACGACUCGAUCCCACGAUCAACGUCCAUGAUGUCGGAUAUUGGCGAAGGCCUCGGUGGAAGCAACAGCUCACUUGUUAGCUGUGGCUCCGAUACGACGAGUCCUCGAGCUCAUGACUCUGCAGUAUUCGAGGAGUUGGGCACAGCUUUUCACCCUGGAGCGCCAACGAGGGCCGUGCCGUCUUUACUGCGCGAAGCAAUGAGCUUCCGUCGCAACAGUUUGAUGAGUGACUCCCCGUACUUCACGACCUACGGCGAGGACAAUGUUGAAGUGUAUCGUCCUCUACCUAUCGACACGACAGCAGUAGAGGUCCCACCGAGGCUGCUGCGCCUUGUUGACCUGUUGGCCGAAAACGCCCACGAGGUCUGGGCGAAGGGUCGUAUGGAUGAAGGCUGGACCUAUGGUCCGCAGCGUGAUGACAGCACGAGGAAACAUCCGUGCCUAGUGCCGUACGUUUUCCUCACGGACGACGAAAAAGAGUAUGAUAUCAAUAUCGCCAAGGAGACGCUCAAGACUCUAAUCGCGAUGAACUUUACGAUUGUGGACCGCCCGAGCAAGUAUUGA